AUGAGCGGUUAUGUAAUGGAGCUGGAUGACCUCGUGAUGAAGAUGAAGCGCGCGAACUGCGGUCCAAGCGAAGAGGACGUGUGCGCAGUACUAUUGCGAAGUCUACCUUCAAGCUUCGAGAGCUUGGUACAGGCAUUCCGAAUGUCCGUCGCAAGCUUCAGUUUUAGUGACCUCGUGAGCAAGUUGAUCGCCGAAGAAGUGCGCCAGAAUGAGGCUGCACGGGCAGAAGAUGCAACGGCGCUCUACGCAGGCAAGAGGAAAGGUAAGCAGUACCCGAAGAAGCAACAAGGACGGAGCGCGAAGGGACCAUCAGGUACCUGCUACAACUGUGGCAAGGUCGGACACUACGCCAGAGAUUGUCGCGCCGGUCGAGGGCCAAGGUAUCAACAGCAUGACCAUUCGAAUGUCGCGUUUAAUGUCAGCGAAGGUUUCGCGAGCAACAGCUGGGUCAUGGAAAGUGGCGCGUCAGCACACAUGUGCAAGGAUCGAGAUGCGUUCGAAGAGUACGAAGAAGUGCAUCAUGCGCGAAGCAUUUCAAGCGCAAAGAGCGACGUGAAGCUGAAUGUCAUUGGACAUGGGACAGUGAAGCUGCGCGUCUGGACAGGACAUGCAUGGAUCGACGCUCGACUUGAGAACACACUUCACGUCCAAGAUCUGUCCAAGAACCUGCUUUCGCUCACGGUUGCGGCAGCGCGCGGCAUGACAGUGGAAUUAUUGCGCAACGAGUGCGUGGUGAAGCGAGGCGGCACAACCGUCGCAACAGGAAGGAAGCAGGGGUUCCUCCUGUAUCUCAAUGCUGACUAUGGUCUGGAGAGCUACAUGGCCGAAGACGAUACAGAGCUAUGGCAUAGAAGACUGGGUCACGUGUCGUAUGGUAUGGUCAAGGACGGAAGGAUCAAGGGCGUAACGAUGAAGACGAACGUUGCGUGUGACGUAUGCGCAACGUCAAAGCAAGUGCGCAAGUCAUUCAAGACAAGCGAAGAAGACGCUGAAACCAGGGAGAGUUCGCGUUCCGACGUGGUGGUGUGCUCCGACGUUCUUGAAACCUAUCACGCCAGCGUCCAAAAGAGCGACGUUGCGAGUGCGUUCAAGCGGUUGGCAAAGUUCAUUAAGCAAGAGUUCGCGGGUUCGUACAACCCAGAGCAGAACGGGAUGGCGGAGCGAAUGAACCGCACGCUGGUGGAGAUGACGCGCUGCAUGCUCAAGGAAAGCGGUCUCGACAAGUCGUACUGGUGCGAGGCACUAAUGGCAGCGACAGACAUCAGAAACAGUCUGCCGAGCGCGUCGAACAAGAACUCAAGCCCACACGAGAUGGUGUUCAAGAAGGUUCCGCGCAUCGAUCACAUGCGCGUGUUUGGUGCGCAAUGCUAUGCACAUGACCAAAAGGCGUAUCGGUUUCUUAACGCGGACGAUGGCUCAAUCGUGAUUUCAAGAAGCGUCACGUUCACUGAGCAGUCUGUCUCGAAAGCAUCGAAAAGCAGAGACACUCGGGUGUUCGAUGUCAUUGAAGAAGAGAAAAGUUUGGAGGCGUCGCUACCCGAUGAUGAAGACAAACCAGCGCCGGUGACCGAAGAAGAGCUGCGCACCCCACCACUUCGAGCGCAGAACAGCUCUCAUCCCGGACCAAGUGAUCGACCAAGCGACACCAUUCCCAUGCGCGCAUCCAGCACACCCGGAAGAAAUGGAGAAGAAGAGUGGAUGGUGCGACCGGUUCGGAAGAAGCCCGGCGUGGUUCGCUACGAACAAGAAUUUCCAAGUCAUCGUCGCGGUCGCUUCAAUUUGGACGACUACGAAGGUGACUUCGACUCUUUUUACUGUUUCUCGGCUGGAGAAGAUGGGGAACAAGCGUCCAGAUGUCAAGAAGUGAUGAAGAGCAGCUACAAGGAGCAGUGGCUGCAGGCAAUGAAGAGUGAGAUGAAGUCGCUUGAAGAACACAGCACAUGGAAGCUAGUGGACAUGCCACCGGGCAAAAAGGCCGUAGGCUGCAAGUGGUUCUUCAAGAUUGAACGCGAUCCAAGUGGCGAGAUCAUCAAAUUCAAGGCCUGCUUGGUUGCGAAAGGGUUCACGCAGAGUCCUGGCAUCGACUACAACGAGACCUUUGCACCAGUGGCGCGCAAGGAAUCUAUCAACACAGUGUUGGCGAUCGCUACAGCUGAAGACCUGGAAGCAGAAAACGUUGAUGUCGACACAGCGUUUCUCUACGGCGAAGUGGAAGAGGAGAUCUACAUGGACCAACCUGACGGUUUUGAAGAUGAAGGAAGCCCGAAAAAGAAGUGUUUGCUGCAGAAGGCGCUAUACGGGACGAAGCCAGCGGCGCGGCAGUGGAACAACAAGUUGAGUCAGCACCUGGGUGAUCAAGGGUUCAAGAGCAGUGCAGCGGACCCGUGUGUGUUCGUUCGAGUGACAAGAGAGGAGUACAGCAUCAUCGUGAUCUACGUGGACGACUUAUUGAUUUUCUGCAAGACGAAGGAGCACAUCGCAAGUAUCAAGAACUCAUUGAUGGAAGAUUUCAGCACUAAAGAUCUUGGAGAUCUCAAGUACUGCCUCGGGAUCGAGAUCCAUCGCAAACGCGAAGAUGGAACGAUCAAGGUGAACCAGAAGGCGUACAUCAAGCGACUUUCGGAGAAGUUCGGCGUUGAGAACUGCAAGGACGUGCACACGCCGGCGGACAGUAACUCGAAGCUGAUCAAGUUGGGUCAAGAGGAAGCGUUUUUACCAAAGUAA